UCACCUUUACACGGUGAUUUGGUGAGCGCAACCGAAGGCAGUGCGAAUGUUGGCCUGAGUGAGUGCACUCCGUAUCGUGAAGUGGAUCGUCGCUCGUUUGCCAAAUAUGUGCAGUUGUUGAAAUCUGAACAUUUUCGGAAUUUCAUCGCAAUUCCCGCUGAAAUGAACACGAAAUUGCGUUGGUCACCGUCGUCGACUCGAUGCACACCACGCGAAAUGACCGCAGAAGGAGCGUUGCAGCAUCUGAAGUUGGGCAAUUUCUUGAGGAAACGUUACAGCAGAUCUGGUUGGCUGCAACAAACAAGUACGAAUUGA